UUCUCAGUCUCACUAACUCACUCACCCUAUAAAUAGUGCAGCUCACAAGCCUAAUAUCCAUAUUCAACCCAUCGAUCUAUCUCAUACAAAAUAUUACUAUCAUCCAUCAUCAUCAUCAACCAUGUCUCAUAGCACAGCUGGGAAGGUCAUCAAGUGCAAAGCUGCGGUGGCUUGGGAAGCUGGGAAGCCACUGGUAAUCGAGGAAGUAGAAGUAGCACCACCACAGGCUAAUGAAGUCCGCAUGAAGAUCCUCUUCAAUGCCCUUUGCCAUACUGAUGUUUUUUACUGGGAAGCAAAGGGACAUACACCCUUGUUUCCUCGCAUACUUGGUCACGAGGCUGCAGGUGUCGUAGAGAGCGUCGGUGAGGGUGUAACCGAUCUUAAACCGGGUGAUCAUGUCCUGCCUGUGUUCACAGGGGAGUGCAAGGAGUGCCGCCACUGCAAGUCGAAGGAGAGCAACAUGUGUGAUCUCCUAAGAAUCAACACAGACAGAGGGGUGAUGCUCAGUGAUGGCAAAACAAGGUUCUCCAAAAAUGGACAGCCCAUUUACCAUUUUGUUGGGACAUCUACGUUUAGUGAAUACACUGUUGUCCACGUUGGAUGUGUUGUCAAGAUCAACCCUGCUGCCCCACUUGAUAUAGUCUGCAUCGUUAGCUGCGGAUUUUGCACAGGUUUUGGUGCCACUGUAAAUGUUGCAAAACCUCCAAAGGGUUGCACGGUUGCCAUUUUUGGAUUAGGUGCUGUUGGUCUUGCUGCUGCUGAAGGUGCAAGGGUUUCUGGGGCUUCCAGGAUUAUUGGUGUUGAUUUGAAUCCCAUUAAAUUUGAACAAGCCAAGAAGUUCGGUGUGACUGAAUUUUUGAAUCCAAAGGAUUAUGAUAAACCUAUUCAAGAGGUGAUUGCUGAGAUGACUGAUGGAGGAGUAGACCGAGCUGUGGAAUGUACAGGAAGUGUCCAGGCCAUGAUUUCUGCUUUUGAAUGUGUUCAUGAUGGUUGGGGUGUUGCAGUUCUAGUUGGUGUGCCAACUAAUGAUGCUGUAUUCAAAACACAUCCAUUAAAGUUCUUAACGGAAAGGACUCUCAAGGGAACUUUCUAUGGGAACUUUAAACCGCGUAGUGAUAUCCCUCAUGUUGUGGAGAGGUAUAUGAACAAGGAAUUGGAACUCGAAAAAUUUAUAACUCAUUCUGUAUCUUUCUCGGAUAUUAACAAAUCAUUCGAGCUUAUGGCGCAAGGGAAGUCUAUCAGAUGCCUCAUCCGCAUGGAAGACUAAAAGGUUUCAAACAUAUAUAUACUACGGAUGCAAUCUAAAUAUAGCUUUUUUGUGGUGUGUGUAUGUAUCUAUAUAAACGAGAAUAAAGUUUUGUGGCUCGUAUAUAUAUAUAUAUAUAUAAACGAGAAUGAAGUUUUGUGGCGUGUGUGUAUAUCUAUAUAAACGAGAAUAAAGUUUACCACCCUUCGUGUCUCAGGAGGGGAAACAAUUGUGUAAUGAACGGUUAUGGAGUUUUAAGCAUUGUGUAUAGUAUUAGUUAUGCACCUUUAUGAUAUUUUCAUGUUGAAGGAAAUGUUUGUAAGAUGUUUAUGAAGUUAUAAAACAGACUCUUAAAUUUAGCA